AUGUUGAAACUCGUGGAUGGAAGAAUACUCUAUUACACGAGUCGUCGGACCAAAUGGCGGGAUUCUUUUCGUCAGGGCGAAUUUUCUGGCGAUGUUGACGCCGUCAAACCCACACACAUAAUUGUAGGAGCUGGAAGUGCUGGAUGUGUUCUUGGUGAGCGUUUGUUCAACAGUUCUCCGAAACGAUUCUUGAAUAAAUUAAUGAAUCAGCAGAACGAAUCGAAUCAAACGGAAAGUCAGGUAAAAUUCGUUAUUCUUGAAAAUCGCUUUUUUUUUUAAAUAUAGAAAAGCAACUUUUGUGGAGAAACCUCAUAGCUCAUUCACCUCUGACUGGGGAAACCUCAAAUAUCGUUGAGAUUAUACACAAUUAGCGAAACGGUUGCGAAAAUAUUUUUAAACGUCUCCUUCCAUUUCAUGUAACAGUUUGAUAGGGUAUAUUUCAACUUGGAUACGAGUAAAAUUCAAAUAUAUGCAUUAGAAGGUCAAAAAUACGGUAGAAAGAACUAACACAAGCGGAAACUGUGAUCUCAUUGGAAACGAUUAGAAAAUAUAGCUUGGUAAAUGCCCUCUAUUUUUUCUUAUUGUUUUUUUCUGGAACCUUUCAUCCAAGAUAGCCAUUUCAGGCUGAAAGACAAAACUUUUCAGCACAUCGUCUGACGGAAAACCCGUCGAAUCGCGUUCUUCUGAUAGAGGCCGGCCCGAAGGAUCACCAGUGGGACUGGCGGAUCCACAUGCCCGCCGCUCUCAUGUACAAUCUCUGUCAUCAAACCUACAACUGGUUCUAUCAUACGACCUCCCAGCAAAAUCUCAAUGAUCGGGUCAUUUAUUGGCCUCGUGGAAGGUUUACCUUCAGAAAGGAAUUGACGUAUUCACAAAAAUCUAACCAUUGAAUGCUUUUAUCUUACAAUGUAACCUAAGUUUGAGAAAAAUACAUCCUUAGGAGCUCCAGAGGUCAUAGGGCACUUAGGAGCCCACGAAGGUUCCUCUAUAGGGACCUCUUUACCUUCCCUUAGGGGCCACUCAAGCUUGCAAAGUGGCCCCUUUAGGUGACAUGCUAGUUGAUUUUUCUCGACAGAGGAUGAAUUGUUCAAGUUUAUCUUUUCAAUUUUCAAAUCUGGACAAAAAAUGAAGACCCUGUGGGGACCAUUUCAAUUUUAGGGGCGUAUGUUUCAGGGGGCAGAUCAUAAAACCCUAUAGCUCUACAAGAAGCGUGCACGGUGCGAGCACUGAUUUCGCACUUUCUUUGUUGCACGGUGCAUGUUGUCGUUUUGCACCUCGCAGUUUUGGGUCUUUUUCAGUGCGCAUGGGGUGCAACACCGCACGGUGCUGACACUCCGAAUCAGAAAAUUGGGUAUUCGAAAUCUUGUCAAUUCAGUCCAUUUCUCUAAGUUCUACAUGUUAUUUAUAUUUUUUUUUUUCGUUUUAGUAAUGAUUUUUUUCGUUAGAAAAGUCGGAUGAUGGAGAAAGAAAAGGCCUAAAUCGAGUAGCAAAGCAUGUUUAGUUUUGUGGUUCAGAGUGUCAGCACCGUGCGGUGUUGCACCACAUGCGCACUGGAAAAGACCCAAAAUUGCGAGGUGCAAAACGACAACAUGCACCGUGCAGCAAAAAAGUGCAAAAUCAGUGCACGCUUCUUGUAGAGAGGAAUCACCUUAAUUUUACCACUAUAGGCGCCACUUUUUGCCCCCUAUAGGGACUGUUUUUCUCCCUAAUCCUUUUAGGGAUCUCUUUAGCGCUCCUAAGUCCGUUGAAUAGAAAACCUGCGAAAGUCCUAUUAAAGGCAUAGAGGCAGUAAAAAAUGGGGUUUCAGGUGAAAGCAGUAUCUUAUAUAGUUUUUCUUGGGGAAUCGAAUGCUGCACUCAAAAAAAUUACAGAUGUGACUACUUUAGAAGAAAAACGCGAUUUUACUUUCCCGCCUUUAAUUUUGAAAAAAGCUUUGGAUCGGUGUGCAGACAACUGAUUACCGUAUUCGUGCACGCGAUGUUGUUAAACCCGUGUUUCUGAGGUUAUUUUAGUCUCAGUUGGGCUAAAACGGGGGAACAACGGGUGUAAGAAAAAUAUGUAACCCAGCUGGGCUAAAGCGGGGUCUCAGUUGGGCUAAAAAGUGCCAAAAGUUCUAUCAGCUGGGCUUAUACGUAGGGACCGCAGGCCAAUUUCCAAAGUCAGUGAUAUAAAGUUGAAACCUAUAUGAAAAAGAAAGCUGAUGGCAAUUGAGAGCUAACUGCGAAAAACAGAAAAAGAAAAAAAUAUGAAAAAAAUGAAAAAAGUUAUAAGCAAAAAAAGUGGCGAAAUCGGGGAACCACUUUUUGUGUAGAAACUUUCGUCAGGGUCGCAGGAAAAGGGGCGUGUUUAUAGAUGCCGCGCGCUCCUUGCUGUGCGUUAAUUCACGCAGGAGACGUUUCGAAAAACAUAUUUAUUUGAGUUUUUUUAGAAGUUUUUAAAUGAAAUAUUAGAGUUUUCAUAUUGAAUAUUGCUCUUUUUCAAUAUCAGCCUACUCUUCAAGCACUCACUCUGCUGAAAAAGCGAGUUUUGAAGAAGGUUUCAAUGCAUUUCGUAAAAAAAGAAAAAUAACCGACAAAAAUAGACCUCUGCGAAGGACGAACAGCAUUAAACCGAAUUGAAAAAUGUAACAGUCUACUAAGAAAUUUACUGAAAAAGUAUGUAAAUAAUCACCAAGUCCUUUUUUUCAGAGAGUUUUUUUAAAAAAAAAGGGCGAAAGCGUUUUUUUACUUUUGAUUUUCUACUUCUUUUUAUUUUUUUCUCUAAAGUUUGUGCGUCUACAUGGAGUGUAUCGUAGACAAUUUUUUUCAGAAUUCUUUACUUGACAUUCUGAAAAAAAUUCAUAAAAAAGUUGAGUAAAAAGCGAAAUUUAAUACUUUUCUCGCUGCUAUAAUGGAUAUAAUGAUAUAGGAAAAAAAGAUUCCAAUUAUGAAAUGAGUAAAAAGCAACUAUAAAGCCACAAUAAAAUGAGAAAAACUUGAAUAGAAUACAUAAAUAGUUAAAAAAAAACCUUCUUCACACUUUCGAAAAAUUUCGUGGCCUUCGCGGUGUCUGCAGAUUUCCAGCGACGCGCAGUUUUAAAAAUAACUUUCGAGCGUUUAAAUAAACCAUACUUUUCAGGCCAUCCUAGGAAUUUUUUUAUUUUUUGAUAUGUUGUAGAGAAAUGUCUAAUGUUUGAUAUUAUUAAAUAAAAAAACUUGCCCAGAACGCUUUGGGCCGUUUUCAAAGCGUUACGAAAAAACCGAAAUUUUAAGCUUUCAUAUAAACUAUAUAAUCGAUGAAAAAAACUUAGUUUUCUAUUUUUUUAAAAUUUGCAAACAACUGCAAACAACCGUUUAAAAAAAUAUAAUCAGUAAUUAUCGAUUGCGUUUUUUUCGAAAAAUAAGGAAUUUCGAAAAAUCGUGAUUUUCAAAUUGCGUUAUUUUUUUGAGGCCAACCAUAGAAUUUUUUUAUUUUUUUGCCAGAAUAUGCGUUUUUUUAGUUGCUUUAUGAUAUUCAAGAAUAAAAAAAGUUGCCCAGAAACUUUCAAGAAAAAACGGGAUUUUUAUCCGUUUUCGGCCACAAAUGCGUUUUAAAAACUGUCGUCGUACAUUCUUAUUUCUCAUUUUUCAGUAUUUUCUUUUAUGUAGGAUUGUUAAGCAUAGCCGAUUGUAUGUUUCCCCAAUUUUUUUCCCCAAAUCGGUACAAGAAAAACUGUUUUAAAAAUAUAAAAAAAGAACCAAAAUGCAACGAAAAAUGACGAAGUUUUUUUUGAACAGCGAAGUGGGCGUGGCUCUGCGGUCCCUACUUAUACGGGUUUAAUACGGGGGCACCCGCGGAGACCCCGUGUUAGCACGGCUGGGUUACCCUGCUCAGCAUUCGAGAAGAUGGCGUCCAUAGAGCAACUUUACUGCAAAGCGCCCUUUUUGGCGGGAACUAAAACUUUCCUCUCUCCGACUUUGAAUUAUUUUUUCUCCAAAACUAGGAAGUUCGGUACGUUUUCAAGUUCACCGUUCGAUUCGCAAUGAAAAGCUCUACAAAGUACUGCUUUGAACUGAAACACCGUUUUUUACUGCCCCUAUGCCUUUAAAAAUCAUUUAAAAAAUUGCUCCGCCCCUAAUGGUGCGACAAACCAAUCAGAGAGCGAGCCAUUCACAGAGUGUUUUUGAAUGACGUCAUUGCACUUGACAUUUUAAAUCUGAACAGACUAUAUAGAUCAUUCACGGCUAGCUUGGGACUCUAAGGGGCGUGUCCUGUCUGCGCUCUCCAUGAGUCAGGCGCUAUCUCGUCCAUUAUCGUGUCAGGACCUAUUUUUCGAGGGCUCAAGCCAGACGUGAAUCAGCUAUAACUGCCGAGAUAAACGCGAGACGCUGGCGGUAAAUUGACGAACUUACAAACAUCUCGCUUUUUUCUUGCGCCGGUCUCGUAUUUUUCUUGACACGAGCUCGCAUUUAUAUCGCAAUUUGAAAGUUUCCGAAAUGCAGAGUUGCGCCGAGAUAGAUGCGAGAUCGCGCCUAGAAAAAAGCGACAUGUUUGCGAGUUCGUCAAUGUACCGCCACCGACCUCGCGUUUAUUUCGGCAGUUAUUCUUAGUGUACCAGGCGGUCGUUUGAAUGAGCAAAAAGGAAGGAAACUCGAACGUUUUUUCCUUUCUUUUUUUCAAAAUUCUGAAGAUCCACUGUGAGCUAGUUAAGGGCGUUUCCUUGUAAUAGGAAGAACGGAAUAAAUUAGAAAAAUGUUGAAUUUUCAUUUGGAAUGCAGAGUGUGGGGCGGAAGCUCUUCGCUCAACGCCAUGUGCUACGUCCGGGGACACGCCUCAGACUACGACCGGUGGGGCAAAGAAGGCGCUGAAGGAUGGUCCUACGCCUCCUGUCUCCCCUACUUCAAAAAGUCCGAGACCUACUCCCACGUCAAGGUAUUUCCGUUUGAAUCUCUUCUUUUUCCGUCAGUUUCUUGGCUUUCCAUUAUUGUGUCGUAUAAAAACGGUGACUUGAUAUGUUUUGGAUAAUGUGUCUGAAGAAGAAAAUUGAAGGUUUCUGAGAAGUUUGGAAGGUUUUCAAGUAGGUGGAGUUCGUUUGAAAAGAUAUGGUUGAGAUUAAUACAUUUAAUAGAGGAUUGAAGGAGCUGCGCUAGAAGGUCAUUGAAAUGCUAUUUCUUGACUUGCUUUCAGCCGAAUCCAUUUUUUUGCAAAAAAAUCGAGAAAUUUUCGAUUAUUUAAAAAAAUUAUUUCGAAUCAACAUUAAUCUCUUUCUUUUUUUGAAUUACGGAUUUUGGAAUUCUCAAUUUUUUUAAAAUCUUUUUUUCUCAAGUGUAUCAAAAAUUUCUGGUAUGACAACGCACAUAGAAAGAGAAAGGAGUAAUGAAAUAAAUCAUUAAAAAAGAUAAGUAUAUUUUUCAUUGAAAAAGAUUGGCUUCUUUUACUCUUUUUUUAUGAUUUAGAAAAGCACUAGUAAAGCUAGGUAUAUUCAACGGAAGUUUUGUAGAGCUAAACGCAAUAGAACCUUAGAAUUUGCCAGAUUGGGAUGAAAAUCAAGAAGUCGAAAAGAUACAGACAUGAUUGGCCAAUUUUUGGUAUGAUCGAAGUCGAAUAGAGUUUAAGCGGGCGAUCACGGGGGCUGCAGAAAUUUAAAGUGUUACAAACAGGAACACUUUUUUUCAAUCGCUUUAACAUGGUCGAGAGAAUGUUGAACUUCUUUGAUUUGAUUGAAAUCGUGAUAAGCUCUUUUCAGGGCACAGAAGACCCUUAUCGCGGACACGACGGACCUCUGCACGUCAUCAGAGCCCCCGCAGACCAUCCCCUGCAUCAGUGAGCCCGUCUCUCAGUUUCUUUGACAACUUCAUCUUUGCGCUGAAGAGCCUGGCUGCAAGUCGGCAAGGACCACGCGAUCGGCUCGAGCGACGACAUGAACGGCUUCAAGCAAGAAGGCGUCUCCCACAUGGACAUGACCAUCCACAACGGAGAGCGGUUCGACAUUCUCCUUGUUUGGCGGAAAAACUCCUGAGAGAGAUUUUUGCCACAUGAUCUUCUGCUCACAAAUUAGCCUUUUGUCAAAAAAAAACUUUUAAUUGUGAUGAGUGGAGGAACUGAAAUACAUGCUGCUGAACUUCUUAAUUUUUGAAAAGUAACACUUAAGUUUCACGUUUCCAGGUACUGUGAAACCGAAUUUCUUUUCUGAAAAACGGUAUUUAUUUAGUUUUGUAUCUUAAAAGCUCUAAUCCAGUACUUCUGAAACUUGUCCAAUUUUAAAAACUUUUUUCAAAUUCUGAGUUACUUCUCUUGAAAUAAAAAGCCUCAUUUUCCAAUUUUAAUUUUCAAAAGAACAUUUUCUGAACUUUGAUCGACUGUGGAAUCUAUAGAUGGAGCGCCUCCAAAGCCUACCUUCAUCCAGUUCUGAAAAGACCCAACUUGAUAACUUCUUCCGGCAUCACCUGUACAAAAGUUUUAUUCAACAAGAAGAAAGCGAUCGGAAUCGAGUACAUUCGGUUGGCGAUCGAGGAGAGCCUUAGAAACGACUUUUAUUUAGGAAUCUCAACUUUUUGGGGACGGAAAAUGUGGAUUCUUACAGUAGAGAGAAGGUCUACUGUAGUGGCGACGUCAUCCUGAGUGGCGGUUUGUUUUUAUUCCCCGAAGCUUUUUCGCAUUGGAACUGAAUCAUUGAUUCGAAGGCGCCAUCAACAGUCCGCAGUUGCUCAUGCUCAGUGGCGUCGGGCCGGCGGAUCACCUGAGAAGUCACGAUAUUCCGGUCGUUGUCGAUUUGCCUGGCGUCGGACAGAAUCUGCAGGUGAGAAAUUUUCUCGCACGGAUCGCCACAACUUUCCGCAGGAUCACCUGGAAAUCUACGUGCAACAGGAAUGCACCAAGCCAAUCACUCUGUACAACAAGAGCUCCUGGAAGUUCCCGCACAGCAUGAUUCGCAUUGGUCUCGGUGAGUUUCCGAAGGUUUUAAGAACGUGUUUGAAACUAAUGAGAAAAGAAAAUAAGGCAAUGAACUGGAUGACAAGGAGACAAAUGUUUUCCAGGAAGCUUUAGUUUUAGAAAAAAGAGGCUUUUUUGAAAUAACAGUGGAGCAGUGAAGGCCGGAUUUUUGAGCCGAAAAAAAUUGGAUUUAAGCAAAAUAUGUUUUUUUUUUCAUUUUUCAACCUGUUUUUUUUCGAAAAAAAUAAGUACACAAUCCAAAGCUUUCUGAUUAGAAAAAGCAUUCGUUUUUCGUGCCGGAUUUUUCGAUGAUUACUUAAAGUUAAACUCGCUCCACUCAGCUACAUUUUGCUCUACCUUUUGUCAAAGAUCUUUUCAUUUGUUUUUUUCAGAUUGGUUUCUCCGACGGAAAGGACUGGCGACGUCGUCGCACUUGGAAUCCGGCGGUUUCGCUCGGACUUCGGACAAUUCAGAUCAUCCAGACCUGCAGUUUCACUUUUUGCCGUCGACGGUGCACGAUGACGGCCGCGUCACAGGGUCUUGCCACGGCUACCAGGUCUGGGCCACGUCUUCUCUUCAUUCGACAACGUCACAGGUUCACGUCGGUCCGAUGCGGUCGCAGUCGAAGGGCUACCUGAAACUCCAGGCGAAGGAUCCGCGGAGAGCUCCAAUCAUCAACCCCAAGUACAUGGAGUGCGACGAGGACUGGGUCGAGUUCAGGUGAUCUUUCAAUCUUUUGAAAAAGUUUUAAAGGGGCAUUCAAAGUUGUAUUUUGGAUUUCUGAGCUCGGAUAGCACGAAAAUGAUUUCAACAAGGGAAGCUCGAAAUUUUUCAUCUAUAUUUUAUGGUAUUUAGUCAUGUUUCAAGAUAUCUUUCACAAAAAAAACCAAAAAAAUUAAGGAGUAGCGUUCUUCCAACUUUUAAAAUGAACACAUUGCAUGAGGAUAAGUUAAGUUUGUGAAUUUCUGUAUUGGCGGAUUACAUCUUUUUUAAAUGUAAUGAGAAGCUGUAUCUGCCGUCCGCGGCGAUCAUUAGGGUUUUGUUUUCUAGGAAAGCAAUCCGCUUGUCCAGAGAACUUUUCGCUUCAAAAAGCUUCGACGAGUUCCGCGGGCGGGAGCUCGCCCCAGGUGUCGAGGUCCAGUCGGAUGCCGACAUCGACAAAUUUGUCAGGUGAGAACGGAAAAUUUCUUUUCAGCAAGGCAGUGAUUGAAAUUCUUAGUCAUACAAAAAAGAAUUGAAAUCAUUCUGUCACGUUUUUUUUUAACUUUUUUUUUUCAAAAGCAAAGUUCACAAAGUUUUCAAAAAAGGAGAAAAAUCGGCGAUUUAUCUCGAAAUAAACGUACAGAAGUUCAUUUUUCAGAGAAAAAUCAGCUUCGGCCUACCAUCCCUCGUGUACCUGCAAAAUGGGGGCCGAAAGUGACCGUAUGGCUGUGGUGAACCCGUUGACGAUGGAAGUGUACGGCACCGAAAACUUGAAGGUUUCAUUUGGGUUUUCUCACGUUUGAACUCUUUUUCGAAAUCAGAAAGAAGUAAGAUAGCCUCGCAAAUUUUUCCCACACCGAUAGUUCUUUGAAAAUUUGAACAGUUCUUCAGCUUCAAUUGUGUUUAAAUUGAUCUUUUAUGAAAAAAAUAAACAGAAAUGAAGUGUAGAAAGACUCGCGAGACAGUUAGUAGACGUGAACUCGAUUUGUAGAGAAGGUCAGCUAAUAUGUAGCAAGAUCUAUCUUAUUGAGAACAGAUAUUUUCACUAUUUGAAAUUUGAAAGUUUGGAUUAUUGUUGGAAAGGAAAUCUUGAAACUCGAAAGAAAAAAUGGAGAGUGCGUUAAGAAGUCUCAACCUUUCUAAUUUCUUAUUUUUCGAGAAACCUCGCCACUCGAAAGUGAAUCUUCUGGCCAUUUUGCAAGAAACUAGAACUUUUUUCUAAAAAUGAUAGUUUUGCAGUUUGAGAUUUCCGAUUUCCAGCUGGCUUAACAGAGCUAGAAUCAUAGCUGGAAAAAGACCGUCCCUGUGAGAAUUGUGCUUUUAACCCCUCAAAGUGUCAACCCGAGACUUUCUCAAGUUGAAAGGACUGAUGCUAGGUAGUCGACGCGAGUGUGAUGCCGUCGAUCGUGAGCGGCAACCUCAACGCCCCGACGAUGAUGCUCGCCGAACGUGCCGCCGACCUCAUCCAGCUCAAAAAGCCCUUGCCGCCAUCUGAGGCUCCUGUCUACACUCACAAAUGA